AGGAAGAUCCCAGUGCAGAGAUUUUAAUGCUCUAACAACUGGGCAUGGAAAUUAUUGCAACUGUCUCACACAACUCUGAUUCCAACCAUUACAUGCAUUAACUUAACAUAGAGCAGAUCAGCGCCGGGGAAUCUAUUUGUAAGCAAGCUUGAGGACAAACUGCUGAGAGAGCCUAAUAAGGUUUUCUCCACAGCGUUACAACAUGUGGGUGACAAACCUGGUAGCCCUGGUCCUCAUGGCCACUUCAGCUAAGGCAGCCACCGCGGCCUCGCCAGACAAAGUCCUGAGUAACCACGCCACCAUCCUGGCUGACAACAGCGCAAAGCUGGCUUUCAGUCUCUACCAAAAGAUGGCCAAGGAGAAAAACAUGGAAAACAUCCUCAUAUCCCCCGUCGUCGUGGCCUCCUCUCUGGGUCUGGUGGCUCUUGGGGGCAAAGCCUCCACCGCCUCUCAGGUCAAAACCCUUCUGAAUGCAGCUAAGGUCAAAGACGAGCAGCUGCACUCCGGUCUGGCCGAGCUCCUGACCGAGGUGAGCGACCCGAAGACCCGCAAUGUCACCUGGAAGAUCAGCAACCGCCUCUACGGACCCAGCUCCGUCACCUUCACUGAGGACUUUGUCAAAAGCAGCAAAAAGCACUACAACUGUGACCACUCUAAGAUCAACUUCAGAGAUAAGAAGAGCGCUGUGAGCUCCAUCAACGAGUGGGCGGCCAAGUCCACCGAUGGCAAACUGCCAGAGAUCACCAAGGAUGUAAAGCAGACUGACGGGGCGAUGAUCGUCAAUGCUAUGUUUUUCAAACCUCACUGGGAUGAACAGUUCCAUCAUAAGAUGGUGGACAACCGUGGAUUUAUGUUGCCCCAUAGCUACACUGUAUCGGUGCAGAUGAUGCACCGCACAGGCCUCUAUGGCUUCUACGAUGACAAAACCAAUAAGUUGACUCUCCUGAGCAUGCCUCUGGCUCACAAGAAGUCCACUGUGGUGUUCAUCAUGCCCCACCAAGUGGAACCGCUGCAGAGACUGGAGAAGAUGCUGACCAAGAAGCAGCUGGACACGUGGAUGGGCAAGCUGCAGCAGACAGCGGUGGCCGUGUCCCUGCCCAAAGUCAGCAUGGAAGUCAGUCACAACCUGCAGAAACACCUUGGGGAGCUGGGCCUGACGGAGGCCGUGGACAAAUCCAAAGCCGACUUGUCCAACAUCUCCGGGAAGAAGGAUCUCUACCUGGCCAGUGUGUUCCACGCCUCCGCCAUGGAGUGGGACACCGACGGCAACGAAAUUGACAUGAGCAUCUUUGGCACAGAUAAGCUGAAGAACCCUAAACUUUUCUACGCAGACCACCCUUUCAUCUUCCUCGUAAAGGACCAGAAGACGAACACCAUCCUGUUCAUUGGCAGGAUGGUCCGGCCAAAGGGGGAGAAGAUGAGAGAUGAGCUGUAACCACACUCACUUAAAAACCUGGCUGUGCGUGUGUGGUGUAUAUAUUUUCUACUGCGCCAUGCCGAGAGAAAUGGGAAAUGAAAGCGCAUUCCUUUACGUCACAUGCCAACAGCAUUCCACAAUACAUGGCUGAAGAGAUGUGUUUCAACAUUCUACCCUGUGUUUUAGUGAGCAAAGCAUUGUGCACACCCUUCCUUUUUUAUCUUGGAGAAUAUUUGAUAUCUUUUUCUUUUUGUUCCGUUUGCAAUUAGGUGAUCACAAUAUGGACUGAAGACUUACAUUAAGUGUGAUUUCCCCGUUUAAUGCCUCAAAAUUCUGUUGACAAGUCUUAACAAUGUUUGUAAAAGUUGUACAACAAUCUUACUUGUGUAGCGGUUUUAUGGUGCUUGUUGUUUAAUUUAACAGUGUGUUUCAGUUCGUCAAGCGUGGCUGCUUUUAAUUUGUUAACUCAGAGGAUAUUCAUAUUGUUUUGCCCAUCCUUUGCACUUCUUUCCACCACAAGCAUUUAGUUUGAUCCUAUCCUACCAAGAUCCUAUGUUGCUGUAUUUCUUAUUAAUGAUCCUCACUGAAUGCACUGACCUACACUAGAAAACAAACCAAAGUAUGGCAGAUUUCAAUAUCUAUAUUGAAAUAUGAAUAGUUUGAGACUGUUACAAAUUUCCAGUUUUUGUGAUAAAAUAGCUGGAAAAAACCCAACCAAGUGUCAUCUUAAUUUGAGAUAUUUUGUGCUGACAUUGAUCCGUUGUGUAACAGAAGACUUAUUAAACCAGUUUGCCUCUUG